GCUCUCAAUUGUCGGUGAGGCCGGCGGGGCGGAUCCCAUAGUAAAUUGAAAAAUAAAAUAGAAAGCAACAUAAUCAACGCUUCGAAUUAUUUACCACCUAACUGAUUAUUUUUUUUCCCCCUUGUGGAUAUAUUGCGCAUAAAGAUGCCUUCGGCAACAAUUUGCACCAGGACUGUGAAGUCUGCCAGCCCGGACUUGGGAUCCGCUCCCGGAUCAAUGAACCAAAUCACAGCCUGCAACCAGCUGACUGGAACCCAAUCGGAAGCCAUGAAGCAGGUGCUGGUGGUUCUUGAAAAGAAAGUCCGCAAUAUGGAGAAGAAAAAGAGCAAGCUUGAUGAGUACCAGGCAAGGAACAGCAAAGGAGAACGCCUCAACCUGGACCAGCUGGAAGCCCUGUCUAAGUUCCAGGAAGUAACCAAUAAUCUUGAGUUUGCACGAGAGCUGCAGAAGAGCUUUUUGGCUUUGGGUCAAGAAAUCCAAAAGACUGUUAAGAAAGCAGCGCGACGGGAACAGCUCCAGCGAGAAGAGGUGGAGCAGAAAAGGCUAAAGAGGGUUCUGAAGCUGCAGUUCCUCCUUUACCGACUUGGAGAUGAGAAUGUGCGGCAGGAGCUAUUGCAAGGAGCCAAAAGUCCCUCACUGCUGACUGAGAGUGACCUUACUGCCCUGGAUGAGUUUAACAAGCUGGUGGGGCCUGAAUAUGACCAAACCAUCAGGUUGACUGACCAGUAUCAGGAAGCAUCACAGCACUUAUGGGAACUCUUGGAGGGGAAGGACAAGCCUGUAGCAGGAACAACAUAUAAAGCACUGAAUGAGACAUUGGAGCGGGUUCUGCAGAGUGGCUACUUUGAUAGAGUGCCAUCUCAUCAAAAUGGAGUUUGUGCAGAAGUGUCUGAAGUCGAAUCCGCAGUUGAAGUGUCUGAAGCGGAGGAGCACCCUGCAGACACUGAGGUUGAAAUUAUGGAAGAGUACGCAGAACCCAUUGCGAUUGAGUCAACAGAGUUUGUAAAUAGGCAGUUAAUUUCAGAGAGCCCCAUCAAGAGUGGAUACAAGGAGCAAGAAGAGGAAUGGAUUGCUGAAACGGAGGUGGUUAACUCCAUGCAGCAGCCAGUUCUGAUGGCUCCCUCUCCUGUUGUCCCAGAGCCCCACCCACUGACCAUGGUGACUCCCACACCCCCUUCAGACCCUGUGGUUAGAAAGCAGGUGGUUCAGGAUCUCAUGGCACAGAUGCAAGGACCAUACAACUUCAUGCAGGAAUCCAUGCUUGAUUUUGAUGGCCAGUCUCUUGAUCCGGCUAUUGUUAUGGCACAACCUAUGAAGCCAGGGGCAAGUAUGGAUGUCCUUUCAAUGGUGGGUCAAACAUCUCACCCAGAAUCUCAUCUAGUGCUGCCUCCAGCAGUUGCCAUUCAACCUGAACCCCCACAAAUCCCCAUGGUCACUCCACCACCCGAAACCUUCUCCACUCCACCACCAAUGUACCAGUCCUAUCACACAGCUGAUACUCAACCACAGACAGACUCCAUUGAUGCUAUUCAGGCUUGCAUGCCCCUGACAGAGCACUCCCCUUCACAGACGCAGGUGUUCAAGUCCAGCUCUAAACCCCUGCAUGGCAGUGGCAUCAAUGUCAACGCAGCCCCAUUCCAGUCCAUGCAAGCGGUGUUCAACCUCAAUGUGCCUGUCCCACCAUCUAAUGAAACUGACUCAAUGAAGCAGGCCAGCCAGUACCAGAAUGGCUAUAACCAGGGUUAUAAUAGCCAGUUGCAGCACACUGUGGAGCAAACAGACUUGCCACCGGAGCAGCUCCAGUCUGUGGUUGGUGCCUUCCAUUCUCAAGAACAGUCACUCCCAAACUCCACUGGCCACCAGCCCAUUUCCCAGCAGCCGAAUGGCCAGGGCAACGGGUUCGGCCACCAUACUCAGUCAUUCAACAGCAGAGCUAUGUCUCGUGGUGGCCCUCGAAACUCACGUGGUAUGAUCAAUGGCUACAGAGGACCAUCCAAUGGUUUCAGAGGGGGAUAUGAUGGUUAUCGGCCACCCUUCUCCAACUCUGCAAACCCUGGAUAUGGACAAUCCCAGUUCAGUACUCCACGAGAUUAUUCCAACAGCAACUACCAACGGGAUGGAUACCAACAGAACCAUAAACGUGGUGCUGGACAAGGUUCUCGAGGGGCCCCUCGAGGAAAUGCUCCAGCCAUGCGGUCUUAAGCCUUGUAAACUGACCUUACAUCCUGGAACACACUGAACAUUGAAAUACUGAAGUGCAUAUCCCAGCUCUUUUGCUCCCUGGAAUUGAUCAUCAAUUGAUCCCUACACUGACACGUUAAAGAGAAAAUAGUUCACUGAUUCUUAAAGCAAACUGAAAACUGUGUCAAGAUUUUAAAGCUACCCUGUGUUUUUUACAGAUUCCUGUAAACUUGAAAUAUUUCACAAAUUUAUUUUUUGUACAAAAUAAAGCUCAAGUACCUUCCACAGCUGGUCCAAUACUGGGAGUUCUCCUUUUGCCCCACUUAUUUUUUUCUUUCUUUUUUCACGCAUCAACUAAUUUGGGUUCUGAAAAGGUUUUUUCUUUUGGUAUAUUUUAAAGAUUUUCUCACACCCUUAAUUUGUAAAGUGAUGUUGCUUCAUGAGUUUCAAUAAAGAUGUUGAAUUAC